GGUUCUUCUCUAUAAUUCAAUAACCUCGAUGUCAAAGUUACCUACCUAGGUACCUACAUCCAUCUCAACAUUAACACCAAUCUCUUCCAAGUUCAAUACAGGCUUCUAAUAACAUUGAAUCUUUGAGACCUGGUAAUACCUAUUUACAUGCUAUAAACUGGACGAAGCGCCCUAAAGCUAAAUACGAGUGACGACUUGGAAGAAUAAUAUCUUGGCAUAUUCCAUAAGUUAAGCGGCGAAGUACACGACACUCUUUACAAUUGCUUCAUUCCGCUUACACUUGCGUACUCAUACACAUCCACAUUCACACACAUCUUCCUCUACAUAUCUUAAGGCUUAUGUACAUACAUGCAUGAAUUGGAAGACGCCGAUAAGUAGUACAUCCUCUUCUGCGACACUGCGCAAGCGUCAAACAUAGCAACACGGCGCAAACCCUGCUGUGAAUAAAACACACUUUCCCGAGAUACUUCAUAGCUAGGUACCCAACAUAUUGUUGACCUUAUGGCGGGAGUUAAAGGGAAUUCGCUACGCGAUCGUCAAAUUGCAUCGUUAAAGAAGAUCCUCAACCUGAACGAGGCUAUCGACCAAAAAGAUGAAGACGAGUCGCAUGCCAACGGUCUAGCCCCGUCCGGUUCUAUAUUAACCGCUAAUGGAGAGCCCGUGUGGAAAGUCCUCGUCUUCGACGACCUUGGUCGCGACGUCAUCAGCAGCGUCAUGAGAGUAAACGAUUUGCGAUCCAUGGGCGUCACCAUGCACAUGCAUAUAGCCGCGUCUCGGCAUCCUAUCCCCGACGUUCCCGUCAUCUACCUCGUCGAGCCGAGCCCGAAGAACUUAGAAGACAUAACGAGCGAUCUACAAAAAGGCCUCUACUCCCCCGCCUAUAUCAACUUCCUCUCCUCCAUCCCCCGCCCCCUCCUUGAGGACUUCGCAUCGCAAACCGCAGCUGCAGGCACCGCGGAACACAUUGCUCAACUAUUCGACCAAUACCUUAAUUUCAUUGUCGCGGAACCAGAUCUAUUCAGCUUAGGGAUGCAGAAGGAGCACACGUAUUGGGCAUUGAAUAGCGCAAAAACCAAAGACGAGGAAUUAGAUCAUGUCGUUGACAGGAUAGUCAGUGGUUUAUUCAGCGUUGCUGUGACUAUGGGGGUUAUUCCAGUUAUACGAUGUCCUAAAGGCGCUGCUGCGGAGAUGAUUGCCGGCAAGCUUGAUCGAAAGCUUCGCGAUCAUAUUCUCAACUCUAAAGACAACCUUUUCUCUUCUAAUACCCGUCCCGCCUCGUCUGCAGGCACCGCCGCUUCUCGCCCUGUUCUUAUCAUUCUUGAUCGGAAUGUUGAUUUAAACCCUAUGCUCUCGCAUUCCUGGACUUACCAGUCGCUCGUACAUGACGUUCUUAACAUGAAGCUCAACAGGAUCACUAUCGAGACGCCUAUAGACGAAGAUAAUCCAGCGAAGGGGGUGACGAAAAAGGCUUACGACCUGACCGCUACAGAUUUUUUCUGGGAGAAGAACUCCGGUGUACCCUUCCCCCAAGUCGCAGAGGAUAUCGAUGCCGAAUUGAUGCGGUACAAAGAAGAUGCGCAAGAGAUUACCAAAAAGACGGGCGCAUCAUCUAUAGAAGAUUUGCAAAACGACACUAGCGCGAGUGCUCAGCAUCUGAAAGCAGCGAUAACAUUACUGCCAGAGUUGAGGGAGCGGAAAGCUGUGUUAGAUAUGCACAUGAACAUCCUUGCUUCGGUUUUAAGGGGUAUAAAAGACCGCCAACUCGAUAAUUAUUUUCAGAUGGAGGAAAAUGUCAUGAAGCAAACUAAAGCCCAAAUAUUGGAGGUUAUCAAGGAUAACGACAAGGGCAAAGAUCCUCUGGACAAGCUCCGCUUGUUCAUAAUCUGGUUCUUGAGUACAGAACAGGAAGUCAGCCGAGCAGAUUGGACCCAAUUCGAGGAAGCUCUCACGGCAGCAGGAGUAGACACUACUUGUCUUGCCUAUAUCCGACAGGUUCGGGCCACAACGAAAAUGACCCAAUUGACAACUAUCGGUCCAUCUCAGCCCUCAGCUGCGCAGUCCGGCUCGACUGAUCUGUUCGGCCGCUUUUCUUCUCUCUCGAGCCGCUUAACUGACCGAUUAAAAGAGACCGGUGUUGGCGUCCCGACAAAUCUUGCUUCCAACUUUGACUCCCUAAUAGGUGGCAUCAAAAACUUCCUACCAGCUAAUCGCGAUCUAACUAUUACCAAAAUCGUCGAGUCGAUCAUGGACCCCCAAGCUGCCUCAACAUCCGCUAUAGCCAAGACCGAAAAUUACCUGUACUUCGACCCACGAAGCGCAAAUGCACGAGGUAGCAUGCCCCCGCCAAGCGCAAUGCGAUCAGGCGCAGCAGGGAGCACGCCUGGAUCCCUGCCUAGCGGUCCGGGAGUUCAAGGUCCUGGAACUGGUGCCAGCUUCGGGCAACGUCGACAAGGGUACACAGAGGCCGUCGUUUUUACGGUUGGCGGCGGCAGCAUGGACGAGUACGGUAACUUACAGGAGUGGGUGCAACGGACAGGCGAGGGCGGCCGCGCCAAGAAGAGAGUCGUGUACGGUAGCACGGAGCUCCUAAACGCCCACGAGUUCAUCAAGGAAGAACUGGAAAGACUAGGACGCGAGGUCCCGUAGUAUGUACUCAGGAUAGAAGAGGUCCCAGGAUACGGGGAUCCCGAAAAAAAAAAAAGGGGUAGACGAAUUAAUAAAUACAAGAAAUACAGCCUCAACUUGUUGUCGCUUGUAGCCCGAAGUUUGUCCGAUAUUGCUGGAUCCGUGUAUCUGUAUCUGUAUCUGUAUUUGUAUCAUUCAACAGUGUAAUCUGUAAGCUGUUUACGUCGGCAAGAGUCAAAACAAGUUAACUUUCGCUUUUAUUGUGAUGUAUCUUCUGACACCUCGCUACCUAGGUGCCUAGCCUUGCUUCGAGUUGGCAUUCGAGAGGCUUAUAUCGUCCCGUCUCGGAUAAUUUCGAACAGACACGUAU